AUGCGAGGUAAAACUUCAGCUGAUCAACUGUUGUACGAUCCCGAGAUCGAAGCUACAGCUAGAAGAAACAAUAGCAAGACAAAGAGGAGAAAACAAUUAGCUAAGCAAAGAAAGGAACAAGAAGCAUCAUCUUCUUUAAUCUCUUCAAGAAAUCAAGAACAAAACAUCAUGGCAGCUGCUCCAGGUCGUGAAAAUGGAGAUGACAAUGCAGGUUUUGUGAACUUCACACCGAGGAAUAUGACAAGAAUCGGAAGACCUGCAGGUAAUGAGAAGCCACCUGAGAUGAAGUCCGGAUUGGUGCAGCUAAUGUAUGCCAACCCAUUUGCUGGUUUGGACCAUGAGAAUCCGUACACGCAUUUGACAAAGUUCUAUGAACUUUGUGGCACUGCUAGCCUUACACAAACUGAGGAAGAAGCUGUGUUCCUGAGGCUCUUUCCCUUGACUUUGAUUGGGCAAGCUAAAGACUGGUUUUUGGAUCAGCCACAAACCAUUUUAUCUGAUUGGAAUGAACUUGAAAGGAAAUUCAUGGCAAGGUAUUUCUCUGAAUCAAAAUUCAUGAAUUGUAAAACUGCUAUUUCUACUUUUUCCCAGUUUGCAGGUGAAAGCCUAUGUGAAGCUUGGGAGAGAUUUAAGUCUAUGCUGAGAAAGUGCCCAAAUCAUGGGUUUGAUGCUCGAACUCAAAUUCAUAUAUUCAGAAAUGGUUUGGACAAACAAAGCAAGCUGAUCUUGGAUGCUACAGCUGGAGGGUCUCUUAUGGCUAAAACACCUACUGAAGCCAUUCAGAUUAUUGAGGCUAUGGCUCUAAACGACCAACAAGAUCAACACCAUCGUGGUCCACCAAGGAGAGGUGGAAUGAUUGAGCUAGGGACAAAUGAUGUUGUUUUGGCUCAAAAUAAGCAGCUUCAACAACAACUAGAUGAAGUAAAACAAAAGCUCGCAGAUCUUCCAAAGCAACUAAAAGAGAUGCAUGAUUCCUCUUCUAGAAAACAGGUAUAUAGAUGUGAUGUUUGUGCAGGUGAUCAUCAUACUAGUAGCUGUGAUCAAAAUCAGGAAGAAGUGAACUACGUGGGAAAUCAACAGAGGCAAGGUCAGUACCAGAACAACUACCCUAUGGGAGGUAACCAGUACAAUAACCAACCUUGGAGGCAAGACACAGGACCAUCUUCCAGCAGGGUACCACCAGCACCGUACCAAAAUCAACAAUACCAACAUAAUCAACCAUUUCAACAACCAUCACAAGAUAGGACUUCCAAACUGGAGGAUACACUAACCCAAUUUAUGCAGGUUUCGAUAUCCAACCAGAAAAAUACGGAUGCAUCCAUUAAAAACUUGGAAGUACAAGUUGGACAGAUGGCUAAACAAUUGAGUCAGCUGACUACUGAGCAGAAAGGGAAGUUCCAUGCCAAUACAGAAGACAAUCCCAGGGAGCAUUGCAAUGCAAUAUUCACAAGAAGUGGGAGAGUAGUUGGUGGAGAGAUUGAUGUGGAUGAAGAGAAAAAUGAGAGCCAUGAUCCAAAAGAGAGUGAAAAAGAGGAAGGGGCUGAAAAAGAAGAAGAAAAGAAUAAAAGAGAGGUUGUAGAUAGAGAGGAAAAGAAAAAGAGUGAAAACCAUGAGAAAAAGAAAGAGAGUGAGGAAGUCAGGUGGAGUCCGCCUAUCCAACGCUUGCCAUAUCCUCCGAAUUCUAAAAAGAUUGAUCAUGAGAGGCAAAAGAGGAGAUUUCUAGAUAUUUUCAGGCAUUUGAACAUCACAAUGCCAUUUUCUGAGGCAUUGGAGCAAAUUCCCUCCUAUGGCAAGUACAUGAAAGAGCUUUUGAAUAAAAAGGACAGGUUGAAAGCACUGCAUGAAGAUGAGGUGAUCCAGCUCAAUGGACGUUGUAGUGCAAUUCUGCAACGCUUACCACCUCCAAAGCAUAGAAGUUCCAAGAGUCUUGUCUUGCCGGUUAAACUUGACAACAAUCAAUCCUGUAAUGCACUGAUAGACUCUGGGGCUACUAUCAAUUUAAUGCCUCUUUCCUUGUUGAAAAGAUUGGGAGAUGUGGAAGUAGAGCCUACAGAGAUGACGCUGCAACUAGCUGAUAUCAGUCAAAUUACCUCAAGGAAUUGCAGAGAAUGUGACUGUGAUGGUGGAGCAGCUGAAUUUCCCAGUAGACUUUGUGGUUGUAGAUGUUCCUGA